CAGGCACAAGCGGGCGGCUUGGCGGCGCGACUUGAGAGGCGUAGCUCGCGCGGGCGAGACGCGGCGUGUUCGCGGAGGAGGACGCGCGGCUCGGAGGCGCGUAGGCGGGCGCGCGGCUCGGUGGCGCGCGGGCCAAGAGGCGGGCGGCACCCGAUGUCUCGCCCUGCCGCGUGGACGCAGCGGCGAUCAACAUUGGUUUCUGAAAGAGCUGCUUUUUUUCCAAAUUAAGCACUGGCGGUUUUGUGUUUGGGCAAUUUUCAGGUGGUAAAUAUCGUUUUAUUAAUUCUACUUGGACAUCUUUAGGCAGCUCAUUGGUUAAAAUGUGCGUCCACCUCGACGCCACAUCCUUCUGCAAUUUUUCUCCAAAGGAGAUUCACGCUCCAUACAUUUCUGGGCUCUUUUUUGAAGUGCCGGCCAACAAAAAAAAAAUGGCCCGACUCGUUAGAAUUAGCCAUUUGGAGCAAUAGCUAAUAUGGCAUAAAAGUUGUAGGAGGGCUCUGAACCAAGUUAUACAGGUUCGACGAUUCGUUAUUUCCAUACAUUUUGUCGAUUUUCAAAAGUGCCCGCCAAGAAAAGAAACUCAUACGUAUCGUUAGAACUGGCCAUUUGGAGCAAUAGUUAGUACGGCACAAAGGUUGUAUUUCUAGUUUUUUUUUUUUUUUUUAAAGUUGACAAAAUGUAUGGAAAUAACGAAUCAUCGAACCCGUAUAAUUUGGUUCAGAGCCACCUGAAAACUUUUAUGCCAUUGUAACGCCGUAGAUUUUUAUUUUUAGUGGUUAAAGGGGAAUGUCUAUUCCCGGCCCAGACCUUUCGUCCCCGCCCCCCACUUUGCAUAAAACUAGAAAAUACUUGAUAAUUUUUGUUUAAUAAUGAAUAAAUUACUUUAUCCAUAGCGGUUUGCUAUAACUUUCCCCAAAAAAUAAGUUUCACAACGAUAUUUGACAAUAUUAUAGUUGUUGUAUGACAUUUUUGAAGACACGAACAUGAACAGUGUUGCCAGCUAAGUGAUUUAUUUGGUUUAAUCAAUAUUUUAACCGAAUAAUAAUAAUCGAUCUUUUUCUACAACAAAAUCACCUGGAAAAGCAAAAGUUGUAAUAGAUUAUAAUGUUUUUGAUAAUAAUAUCUGCCUCACUCUUUAAAAACCAUUGCAUAGUCGACAUUAUAAAACGUUUCUUGAUAUCAAAGUACCUAUUAUAUUUUUCGCAAUAACCAACCACUAAGAACUCAACUGAUUUUUUUAGUUUAAUCGAUAUUUAAAUGGAUAAUAAUAAUAAUCGAGCAUAACAUUAGGAACCUAGGAUCACUGCGUAGAAACAUUACCAACUGCGCCAUUUAAAUACUAUCUAUACUAAUAUUAUAAAGCUGGAGAGUUUGUUUGUUUGUUUUUGAUUGAACGCGCUAAUCUCAGACACUACUGGUCCGAUUUGAAAAAUUCUUUCAGUGUUAGAUAACCCAUUUAUCGAGGAAGGCUAUAAGCUAUAUAUUAUCUCCGCAUUCCUACGGGAACGGGGAUAUAUAUAAUAUAAGUAGUAGCGCAAGCCCGUAACUUCGGCGCGUGCAAUGCGGUUUUUCACGAUCGGCCAACGCGCAAGCUACAGCUAUACUAAGCUGAUAUAAAUAAGUGGUCAAAGUGGUCUUAAUAGUUGAUAUUCAAUCCCUUUCUUCCGAUAACUUUUUCCUUUCAUCCGAUCUAACUAAAUCAAAUUCUAUAUAUUUCUAUGUAUGUAUAAAUAGUAUACAUAUUGUAGAUAAUAUAUUAUGUUUACAUAAUACAUUGACAUAAAAUUGCAGGCGUCCGCAAUUUUGUCCGGGUGAAAACGCAAUAUCAUGACAAACUACUUGUAUAAACCUUCUUCUUGAAUCACUUUAUUUAUUAUUGAAAACCAAUAAAAAACCAUUGCGUCGUGUAAAAGAUGGUGAAAACAAUGACGUGUUAUUCUAGUAAUAAAAUUAUUCAAUUAGAAAUCGAUACGAAGUUAUUCGAUUUUUCGUGUUUCGUAUGGCAACAUCGAUUUGACUUUUGGACAGAUAAUCUGUUGAUGUCAAUAAUUGUCAAUGUCAUUCUCAUUUUAUUAAUUAAUUAGAUAAUGUCAUUGAAUUAAUUUACUGAUUUUGUCUGUUUUCUGUUUACCUUCAGUAUUUUUUGAACCGAAUUAUAAUUUUUCAAACCACAGCUAUAAUAUAAAUAAAACUUGCACGAAGUUAAAUUCGAAAUUCGAAUAAUGUUGACCCUGAACCGGAAAAAUUGCAAGUUUAUUUCAGCUCUCAGAUGUAAAUACAAGAGGACAUUUACGCUGCAUUAAUCAAUGUUAAUAUCAAUAUUAAAAUUAUUAUAGUUGGCAUCAAUUGUCAAUAAAAUGUCACGAAAAUACGAAUACAUUCUGUUUGAAACAUGCUCGUAAACAAGUACACAGCAGGUGCAGGCAGCAUAAAUAAUGUUUGAUCCAUUUUUAAUGUGAAAAACGAUUAUUAUUCAUAAGAAAUAAUAUGUAUAACUUUAAUAAUUUUUGUCAUGUUAUUGUGUCAAGUCACAACAGAGUGUAGUUUCCCAUAUAAGUGUUGAUGUGUCGCUCAGUGUAUUUUUAUGACUAACCAAUAUUACUGUAUUUAAAAGUACAUUUACUGUGUAAUUACUGGCAUAGAAGGCAUAACAUCUAGUCAGAUGUAGGACAGCACAUAGGUUUUCUUGCAUUGUUGAUGGUUUGUUCAAGCAAUAUUUAGUGCAUAGAAGUAUUAUAGUAUAUUUAUCCUACUUUCCUGAUUAAUAUUAAAUGUGAACUGUGAGUUUGUAUGUCAGUUUGAUACAUUUUCACACCCUAAACCAAUUUUAAAACAGUAAUAAAUUGUGCAUACUAGAGAAUUAUCUUAAUUCUCAGCGUGUGUGAAGUCUGCCAAUCCGCAUUGGGCCAGUGUGGUGGACUAUUGGCCUAACCCCUAUCAUUCUGAGAGGAGACUCGAGCUCAGUAGUGAGCCGAAUAUAGGUUGAUGAUGACGACGAAUAAAUUGUGGAAUAACAUAACAUUAUUAAAUCCACUAAGUAAACCAAUUUUAAAACUCUGAUUAAAUUAUUUGCUGGAUUUUAAUAUUUUAUUACUAUUUCAGUUAUCCAGCGUCAUCCCAAGUUUGUCAAAAUUGCUGGAAAACGACUGAUAAAGCAGCAUCUUGCUCAACUGAAGAACGGAAAAUAAUUAUGUAAUAGCGACAAACACUCCAAAUCGAUGUUGUUUUCCUCGCUGUAAUAAUUCCAACAGGCUAACUGUUAUGAACUAUAUAGAAACAUUUAAAUUAAAUUAUAAAACACAAACAACAGCCGGGACAAUUCAUUUAUUUACAGUGCUUGUAAACUAAGCCUUGGUUUUGCAAACAAGCACUUUUGAAAUAAUAAGGUUGACUAUUUGUCCAUCUCCAGACAGACAGACAGACCUCAUCACCAGAUAAGAAGACAAGUUCUGCUGAGGAGAGUCAGCAAGAAACUCAACAGUCACUCUUUUUUAGAAAAGUAAUACAAUAUUAUAAUUUACAAUUGUUAACAUCAUUACAAUAAUUUCUUCUAGUAGAAGCUGAUCCAAUGGCCUCCAAGUAGUGCCGUGCACUUCAUACAUGCAUUAAAGUACUGCAUAUCCUAAGAGUUGUCUUCAUUAGUAAAUACAGAUUUUUCCACUUUGCUUAAUUUUAUUACUAGUGCAUACCCUGAUCGACAACGAUAUGCACGCCACUGCCUGGUUGGUUGGUUGUUUCAUUUAUUGAUUUAUUUGUUAAGCUUGUUGGUUACAUAAAACAAUAAAUCUAUUCAUGUACAGCUUUAAUGUUACUUCAUCUCCGGUGUACUUUUUGAGCAGUGAGAGUGAUAAAAUAAAAUAUUUUUUUUAUGUCUAGCAAACUUUUAUUAAAAAAAUUAUUUAACCAAAUCCUUAUUUAUACAUCAUAUUAUCAUCUCCAUAUACUUUUAUGGGGGGGGCGUAACUGGGUUUCUUGGGCCAAAGUUGUAUGGGCUGGUGGACAUUCUCCUUUGGUUAGGUUUGUUUCGAAAGGCAGCGACAUCAAUGAAUUUCGUAGAGAUUACGAGGUCCGUCGCAAGAUGGCGCUUAUAUUAAAGUGCUCAGACGAACAAAUAUGGGCAGUUAGUUGGAGUUUCAUAAUCUGUGUGCUGGGCUCAGACUAAAGAAUAUGGACAAGUAGUUGGAGCUUUAUAAUCUGUAUAUAGACUUAAUAUAUGGUUAGAGGAAUUCCAUAAGUAACGAAAGGUAUGUAAUCCGAAACCGACUUAAAAAACAAAUUUUACAUAUUAUCUGUGCAGUUUGUUGGUUGUAUUCUGGAAGGGGAAUGAAUCGGUAACUUUACAUUAAAGAGUAAAUUAAUAUAAUGGGAAAAGAGAACCCUCUUGAGGAUGAUUUAUGCAAACAAGAAAGAUAGCGCCAUCUGGUUUUUGGCCCAGUAAACUUACAUGUAUACAUACAUGCCUAUACUUCUAUACUUCGAAUAAAACGUUACCGUAGUAUUUAAAAUACGAGAUGCAUAGUUAAAGUAACAAGUAAGUGUUACAUGCCGCUCCGCUCGUCGCUCCGCCCGUAUUGGACUCGCGGCCUUAUUCAACACGUGUACGUAACUAGACCGCUGAUUCGGCAAAUCGCACGGGUGCAUAGUGACAUGGAAAAUUACGACACUUCUUCACUUACGCUCGAAGACGUCGUUAGUUUAAUUAAUUUGUAAUUUUUAUAUUAAUAAAUUCAUUUUUAAGAACCAAGAACUCUUUCUUCUGGACACUCCUGCAUCGGCGAACGUAAAUUGGUGGAGGUAUUGGUGAGUUGUUAGUGUGUAUUGUAUUAACACUCGUACAGAUUUUGGGGUGACCGAUUUUGGGAUGGGGGCGGAAUCGCCGGGGGACACCCCGGAUGCAAUGGAUACGUCAGUGACCCAAGAGAGAAGUAGGAAAAGAAAUGCUGAACCGAUAAAUCAAAAUACAACCACAAAGCGAGUUAUCACUAGCUCAGAGAAUCUAGACAGAACGUAUGGUCCCAACGACUUGGGUCCGUUCAUUGUCCACAUCACACGAAUCGAACCUGAUCCGGCAGCCGGAUUAUCUCUAAGACCUAUCAAAAUUGGACUUCUUCUCACUAAGAACAACAUUGAGAACAUUGUUCGUGAUGGUGUUAAGUCAGUAGGUAGAAAUAGAGUUUCAAUCGAAUUUAAACGAGGUGAAGAUGCUAACACAUUUCUACAGCAUAAAUGCCUAAAUGGUUGUAAGCUUAAAGCUAGUAUCCCUGCUUUCAAUGUUACAAGAAUGAGUCUCGUCAGAGGCGUUCCUAAGGAGUGGUCUAUGGUGGAACUCGUAGAAUCUCUGGAAUUACCCGAGAAUUGUGGUAAAGUCCUCAAAGCGAGGAGACUCAACCGCAAAAUAAUUAAUGAAGGUACUCCAUCUUGGGUACCUACUCAAUCUGUUGUCCUCACAUUUAGUCGUCAAGUUUUGCCAAAACAUAUAUAUGCAUAUUAUACAUCAAUGGUUGUUGAAAAAUAUCUCUUACCCACAAUACAGUGUCACAGCUGCUGUAGAUUUGGCCAUGUUAAAUUACAAUGCAGAAGUAAACCCAGAUGUUUCAAAUGUGGUCAGGAACAUUUUGGAGAAAGCUGUCAGUUAACAGGAAAUGCUUUGUCCUGUAUCCUGUGCACAGGCAAACAUCAGGCUACAUAUAAAGACUGCCCAGAACACCAAUGCCAACGCAACAUUAAUAUUAAUGGUUUCAGACGCGGUUUAUCUGUGGAAUCCAACCUAUCAAAUUUUACCUCGGAUCUCAUAACUGAAGUGGAUAAGGGGCAGCAGAUCGAUGCUAUUUAUACUGAUUUUAGUAGCGCAUUUGAUAAGGUGGACCACCAAAUACUCAUACAAAAGCUUUCACAGUAUGGAUUCGGGAAUCCUUUGAUAAUGUGGUUUAAAUCAUAUCUGGAUCAGAGGCCUCAGACUGUUGUGGUCAAUGGUUAUGAAUCGGAAACAUACAACGCUAGAUCCGGGGUACCACAGGGUUCUCACUUAGGGCCCCUGUUAUUCUUGGCAUUUAUAAAUGACGUCACGAUGGAGAUAAAACAUUGCAAAUACUCCUUGUUUGCUGAUGACCUAAAAAUUUAUAAAACAAUAAACUCGGAUGCUGAUAUUAGGCUAAUACAGGAUGAUCUUGAUAGAGUAACAACUUGAUGCAACGUCAAUAAAAUGACUCUCAACGCUGAUAAAUGUUACCACGUAAAAUACUCCAGGAAGAAAAAACCACUUGUCUCUAGUUACAUGAUCGGUAGUGUGGUACUAAAAGAGUUACAGGAAAUUAGAGACCUGGGAGUUACUAUUGACAGCAAGUUAACUUUUGUAUCACACGUAAACAACAUUGUUAAAAUAGCCGCGAAAGUACUAGGGUUUAUCAGGGGCAACACUAAAGGGUUCUCCCAGAAAACUAAAAUUGUGCUUUACAAUGCGUUUGUGAGAAGUUGUGUUGAGUUUGCCAGCGUCAUCUGGAAUCCAUCAUAUAGUGUCCACUCUCAACGCAUUGAAUGCAUUCAGCGUGCCUUCACUCGACACCUUGCGUUCCAUGCUAGUGGUAUUUCACACAGGCAACCAUACAACCAACGACUUGCCAAGUUUAAAAUGAUGUCUCUUCGCAGUAGGCGAGAAAUACGCGACCAAUGUUUUUUACAUAACAUAGUACAUUAUGAGGUGAAGUGCAGCAACCUACUUGACCGGGUCUGUCUUUCGGUUCCGAUUAGAUAUCCCCGUCAUUGCAAGAAGCGUAAAACAUUUCAUAUCCCUUUCGCUAGAACACAUCUCGGAAACCAAGCCCCCGUUGCUCGUAUAUGCGCAAAAUAUAAUGAACUAUCACGUUCUAUACCUGGCAUCGACAUAUUUUCCAAUUCUUAGUGUCUUUAAAAAAAAACUCACCGAUCAUCUGUCGGUGAGUUCUUCCCCAUAAUAAUUAAGUUAAGUUAUAUCUGUUAUUUUGUUCCUUGUGUGGUAUUUGACUGUUUACAUGUUUUUUAGUUUUUAGUGAAUGUUGUGUGCACUUGUCAUAGAUGUACGUAUAAGUCAAUGUGAGCUAGUUAUAUAUUAUUUGUGUAUGUCUCUAUA